AAAGCACGGUAAAUUAUCGGCCGGGAAAGGUUAGAGAAGUGGGGAGAAGUUGCAGCUAAUCUCCUAAUGUUGUUAUUAGCCGCCGCCAAGGAGCCGCUGCCCGCGGGCGGACGCUCCGCCCCUUCCGUGCGAAACGUUUCACUUCCUCGCAAGGUGCUACGAAUCAACCCCGAGACGGCGGCGGCGGCUCCGCGCCUGCCGCGGGAGGGGAUUUAAACGGGCGAAGCUCUUCCCGCCGUCGCCGUCCUGCCGGGAGGGGAAGGUAGCAGAAGAAUCUUCGAUUUGUGGAAGAGAAAAAAAAGGGAGAGCAAGAGAGAAAAGUAGUCCUCUCCGGUGGUGACACUGUUUGAUCUGUGACUGUUUGGAAGGUGGAGGAGUGACUGACAUUUCCCAUCCGGUGUAUAUGUAUGUAUGGGGGCUUUACUCCUUUUUAUGAUUUGCUUCCUUGCUCUUAGACUAAGUGCUGGGAGGAGAAGGAGAGACUGGAUCGACCUCGUUUUUUGCACAAUGAACAAACUAUUACCAACGCAAUAAAAAACCAAACAAACAAAAAACCCCCCAACAACAACAGCAACAACAACACACAAAUCCACGAGCUUGAAACAAGCCAGCGAGCGAGCGAGAAAGUUGCGCUUUGAGACUCUUUGAUCUCGGAGAAAGCCUGAGAGGGGGGGAGUGACUGAAUUUACCGUCUCAUCGCCGCCGCUUGCUCGGCUCUCCACCGCGAAGAAGAAGAAGAAGACGAAGAAGUGAUUAAGAAAAGGAGGGGGAGAAGGGGAGAGAGAAAAAGGAGGAGGAAAAAAAAAGGAACGAAAGAAAGAUAAUGGAUUUGGGCUACAGAUUGAACUGAUCAAAUCUUAUUUAUUUUGCACAUCUCCACUGGCAUCUUCCCUGCUGCUGCUGCUGCCGAGAGGACUGAAGAGCUUUGUCUUAUAAGGAACUUAAAAGAGAGAGAAAGAGAGAGAGAGUGUGUGAGAGAGAGAGAGGGAGGAAAAAUUAACCUUGUAAAUGAAAACAUUUCCUAAGCAAGUUUUUGGAGUGGCGGCGGAAAUUGGCAUCCCUGUCACCAGUCUGUGGCUUGCCUCAUCCCACACCCCACCUUCCCCCCCGCCCCGCGCACCCCGCUCGCCGCGCCGGGAGCUGACCCGGGGGGGGAACCCGGACCGGGCGAGAGGAGAACCCGACCAAACUUUUUCUCCUUCCUCCCCCCCCCUCCUUCCUCCUCCUCUCCCUCUCUCCCAUUCCUCCCCACCCUCCCUCUCGCUCUUCCUAGGCAGAAUUAGAAGUUGAAUCCGCUUUCUUUUCUCCUUCCUCCCCCUCCCUCCUUCCCUCCCUCCUUCCUUCCCCCCCAACCCCCCCAUAUUUUAUUUUUUUUUUAUUUGUGUGUGUGCGUGCGCGGCUGUGUGUUUGUUUCUGCAUGAAAAGAGGGGGAUCGGAAGAGGAGUCCUGCGUGGAAACUCUGCGGCGGCGGCGGCGGGCGGCGAGGCGGCGGCGGCGGCGGCAGCAAUGCCGCGGAGAAAGCAGCAGGCACCCCGGCGCUCCGCAGCAUAUGUUCCUGAGGAAGAAUUGAAAGCAGCAGAAAUAGAUGAAGACAGCGUGGAAGAUGAUGGGCUGUCUCUGGACAUCCAGGAGAAUGAGUAUUUGUGCAAUGAAGAAGCGGAGAUCAAAGAGGCUCAAAGCUACCAGAACUCCCCAGUCAGCACUGCAACUAAUCAGGAUGCAGGCUAUGGUUCGCCGUUUAGUGAAAACAGCGAUCAGCUGGCCCAUUUCAAAAGCACUUCCUCUAAAGAAGAGAAAGAGGAUCCUCAGUGCACAGACAAUGUUUCCUAUCCACAGGACAGCUUGGCACAAAUAAAAGCUGUGUAUGCAAAUUUGCUUUCAGAGACUUGCUGGUCCAGUUUAGCUUUGGACUUAAAGAAAUCCAAUCCAACCACCAGCAACAACGGAAUCAGCCAGAAUGAAAACACAACCAGUACUGACGCCAAUGCCAAUGCCCAGAGUACUUGUACUACCAGUACCAACACCAGUACCAGUACAACCACCAGUAGUACUAGUAACAGCAAUAGUAACAGUGGUGGCUCGGGUUACGACUGGCACCAAGCUGCGUUGGCUAAAACUCUGCAGCAGACGUCAUCAUACGGACUUCUGCCGGAGCCGAGUCUCUUCAGCACGGUACAGCUUUACCGGCAAAACAAUAAACUCUAUGGGUCUGUGUUCACUGGUGCCAGCAAGUUCCGAUGCAAAGACUGCAGCGCGGCCUACGACACGCUGGUGGAGCUAACAGUGCACAUGAAUGAAACUGGACAUUACCGCGAUGACAACAGAGAUAAAGAAGCCGAUAAGACCAAGCGGUGGUCAAAGCCUAGGAAACGAUCGCUUAUGGAAAUGGAAGGCAAAGAGGAUGCCCAGAAAGUGCUGAAGUGCAUGUACUGUGGGCAUUCAUUUGAGUCUUUGCAAGACCUCAGCGUCCAUAUGAUAAAAACAAAGCAUUACCAGAAAGUGCCUCUGAAGGAGCCAGUACCAGCCAUCACCAAAUUGGUCCCUUCUACCAAAAAGCGAGCACUUCAGGACUUGGCUUCGCCUUGUUCACCUGAGCCAACAGGGAUCACGGCAGAAGCUUCACUGGGUGAGUCUGCAAAGGAUCAGAAAACUGCCAACCCCUACGUGACUCCGAACAACCGCUAUGGCUAUCAAAAUGGUGCUAGCUACACUUGGCAGUUUGAGGCACGCAAAGCCCAAAUACUGAAAUGCAUGGAAUGUGGCAGUUCCCAUGAUACUUUGCAGCAGCUCACUGCUCACAUGAUGGUCACCGGUCAUUUCUUGAAGGUGACCAAUUCUGCUUCCAAAAAAGGCAAACAGCUAGUGUUGGACCCAGUGGUGGAGGAGAAAAUACAGUCUAUACCUCUUCCACCCACCACCCAUACAAGGCUACCAGCCUCCAACAUUAAAAAGCAGCCUGAUUCCCCAGCGGGCUCCACAAACUCGGAGGAAAAGAGAGACCCAGAGAAGGAAAAGCUGGUGGUCACUGAAACAGAGAAAAAGAUUAAAGAAGAGAGUGAGGACUCUACAGAGAAAUUCGAGCCAACAACUUUGUAUCAAUACCUCAGAGAGGAGGACCUAGAUGAUAGUCCUAAAGGUGGAAUAGACAUAUUGAAAUCUCUGGAGAACACAGUGACAACAGCCAUCAGCAAAGCCCAGAAUGGAGCCCCUUCCUGGGGAGGAUAUCCCAGUAUCCAUGCAGCUUAUCAGCUCCCAGGAACAGUGAAACCCCUUCAGCCCGCAGUGCAGAGCGUUCAAAUGCAGCCAUCCUACGCAAGCAGUGUUAAAUCGCUGUCGUCAGAACACAACGCACUCAUCCAUUCCCCAGGCAAUCUCACACCCCCACCUCACAAGAGCAAUGUAUCUGCUAUGGAAGAGCUAGUGGAGAAAGUUACAGGUAAAAUCAACGUGAAGAAGGAAGAGAAGCCUUUGGAGAAGGAGAAGAGUUCUCCAGUUAAACCCAUGUCACCUGCUGCUAAAGAAAACAAGGACUUCCCAAAAGCCGAAGAAAUAAAUAACAAACAGCAGCCAAAGAAGAGCUCUGAGUCCGAAGUUCAGAAGGUCAAAAAGGAUAGUCCAGCAGAAGCACAUACACCAAAUGGUACAGAGCCACUUAAAACAAAGGUUGCAAAUGGCUGUAACAAUUUAGGAAUUAUCACAGAUCAUUCACCUGAGCCAUCCUUCAUUAAUCCAUUGAGCGCUUUACAGUCCAUUAUGAAUACCCACUUAGGCAAAAUUUCUAAGCCAGUAAGCCCCUCUCUGGACCCUUUGGCCAUGCUGUACAAAAUUAGUAACAGCAUGUUGGACAAACCCAUUUACCCAACCACUCCAGUCAAGCAGGCUGACGCUAUUGACCGGUAUUACUAUGAGAACAGUGAUCAACCUAUUGAUUUAACUAAGUCCAAAAACAAGCCUCUUGUUUCCAGUGUGGCUGAUUCUGCCUCGUCCCCGCUGAGGGAGAGUGCCCUGCUGGAUAUUUCCGAUAUGGUGAAGAACCUUACGGGGCGUUUGACACCCAAGUCUUCAACUCCCUCUACCGUGUCAGAGAAGUCUGAUGCUGAUGGGAGCAGCUUUGAGGAAGCUCUGGAUGAACUGUCACCAGUACACAAGAGGAAGGGGAGGCAGUCCAACUGGAACCCUCAGCAUCUUCUGAUCCUUCAAGCCCAGUUUGCUUCCAGCUUGAGGGAGACCCCAGAAGGCAAAUACAUUAUGUCGGACCUAGGUCCACAAGAGCGGGUACACAUCUCUAAGUUUACUGGUCUUUCCAUGACCACAAUUAGCCACUGGCUGGCCAAUGUGAAGUAUCAGUUAAGGAGGACAGGUGGAACUAAAUUUUUAAAGAACUUGGACACAGGACAUCCUGUUUUCUUUUGCAAUGAUUGUGCCUCUCAGUUCAGGACUGCUUCUACAUACAUAAGUCACUUAGAGACACACCUAGGGUUUAGUUUGAAGGAUCUGUCAAAGUUGCCACUUAAUCAGAUUCAAGAACAGCAGAAUGUUUCAAAAGUCCUCACAAACAAGACUUUGGGCUCACUUGGAAUUGCUGAGGAGGACUUAGGCUCCACAUUCCAAUGUAAGCUCUGUAACCGAACUUUUGCAAGCAAGCAUGCAGUCAAACUGCACCUUAGUAAAACACAUGGCAAGUCCCCAGAGGACCAUCUGAUCUAUGUAACUGAGUUAGAAAAACAAUAGCGUCCAGGUAAGCAGCCAGGUAUGCAAGUGACCACAGGAACAUUGCACUAAACUUCUUCAUAGUACUGCACUAGGCCUGACCUGAGCCUCUGAAAUCAGUCUUACUUUUGUUGCUGAACUGCCUAUCUGGACCUUGGUUUUUCUUACACUUAUUUUGUAGUUAUAUUUAUAUGCUCUUUGUCUGAUCUGUGCAUGGUUAUUUUUUUGUUUCUGUUUUUAUUUUUUGUGAGUCAAAGUCUGACCUUUAUUUUCAACAUCUGUCCUUGAUGUUAAGCUAUCUUUUGUAGAAUAUAGUGGGAGACACUAUUGAGAGACAUUAAUUUAGCCGUAAAGAAAGACACAAAGAACAAUGAUAAAGAGACAUCCUAAAAUUACAAAGUUGCCAUGACAAUAAAGGUCACAGAACCUGGUAGUGUCAAGUUUUAACCCUCUGAGAACUGUAAUAGCAUUUCUGUGCCUUUCCCAGUGACUAAAUAAGUAAAUAAGGAGAAACAAAAUAAAACAAAAGGCUUAAAGGCAUUUCAUUCAAAUAAAAGCUGUGUCAGAAGCAGGACUUUUUUUUUUAAUGAAUGAGCUUUUUUUUCUUUUAAAUGCAGAACUGGUUUGUGAAGAUGUUGUGCAUGCAGUCCUUGGAAGAAGGAGAGCUGUGUAGUACUCAAGGGGUUAGGAAGCCACAACUGUAUAAGUUAAUGAUUAAAAAAACAAGCAAACCAAUUUGCCACUAUGCCCAAACCCUCUGGAUGCUGAGAAUUGCCACUUUUUGGCAAAAGGAAAAAAAAGUAUGCAAGCUGUUAUUUAAAACAAAUGUAAAAAUGCUCUUUUCUUUCUUUUUUUUUCUGUAAAAUACUGCAGUUUAUAGUUAUUUACAAAUGUUAAGCUUUGGUACAAGCUGACCUUUCUAUAGUGUGCUGCAUUGGUAAAUGAAAACAAAAAAAAAUGGGGCAAAUGUUGGAUUCUGUUCCUUGUAAAUUGCCAGCAUCAGCUUAAAAAAAUACAUGUUACAUAUCGUACCAUUUUAAACUGUUCAACUUUCUUUGUACCUUCUGGCUGUAUGCUUUCUCUUUUAACUUUUUAUAUUGUCAUUUUAUAUUCAAUUUCUGUGUAUAUAAUGUAAAACCACACUUUUUGAAUAAAAUUUAGUUCCUGCAGCUUGAUAUAAAUAGAGGAAUUUUACUGGCACCUGCAUCUUUCCAGAUGCAUGUACUUAAAGGAACUAUCUGACAAAAAAAUAAAUAAAUAAAAAUAAAGCAAGCAAUGCACUAUGAA